UGACGGCAGGAGCAGCAGCGCGCGCAGCAGAGUCCUCCACGAGCACGGCGCUGCGCCUCACUCCCCGUCUGGGAACCGGCGCGAGCUGAACGUUCAGGGGUCGGUUUGUAGUUACCUUCAUUUUCGUAUCUCGUCCUCCUUCUUCUCCUUCUUAUUCCGGAGCGUGAACGAUGGAUGAACCAGGCUGCUGGAGGAACGAAGUGUUGGAGACAUGAGGAGGCGAAGCGCGACGUCAUGACCGUUCCCCGAGAUUAUAAACACUCGCUGACGUCAUCACGUCACUCACCUACAUUCUGUCCGACAGCGGUCAGGCGGCCAGAUGAAGAGAGGAGGACAGCGAUAUGGUGCCUGAUCACGUAAGCAGUGCUGCAGCUAAAGGGAGACUCGUGUGUGGAGAGACUCGUGUGUGGAGAGACUCGCAGCUGUUCUGAGGGAGAUUCUGUGAUUGGCAGUGAUGUGAUGUGAUGGUCAUCCUCUCUCGGGUUUCUCCCGCUGUGACCGUGCCGCCUGCUUUGGCUGAGAUGCACACUGAGACACGAUAAACUAGCAGAAUAUAAUAACCUGCUCAGGAGGGAGAAAUGAGGAGCCCCCGGAGCUCGCUGGCCAUCUCUUGUCUCUCCGUGCUGCUCUGCUGCUGGACCGGAGCGAGCGCCUGGCAGACCCGUGACGUCAGUAAUAACAAUUCUCACAGCCUGACAAAAGUCACGUCACCUGACGUCAGAAGCAGAGACAGAGAGUUUGAGCCGAAGCAGCAGGAGAGCGGGACAAACUCGAGCGGCAGCAGCGACUCGCUCCAGGAGGAGAGUGUGUGUGCGUACCGUGUCCUGGAGAGAGGCGAGGACAGCCGGCUAUGCUUCCGACACGCUCGGGUCAACUUCACCUGUCCCAGCAGCACCUGCAGGCAGGUCAGGUCACCUGGAGGUCACCUGCUCGCCAACCUGCUCUCCAACAGCACUGUGCUGCUCCAGUGGACUUACCCCAUGGUGCACGAAAAAUCAGAACACAUUGUAGUCAGCUCAGAGAUCCCUACAGAACCUGUGACAAGGUCUCCACCUGCCGCACCAAAGAGCCCUGGUGCGGGGCAGCAGGAGCCUCAGGGGGGCUUCAGGAUGAGGUGCUGGUGGAACGGCAGCUACACUCAGUUCGAGUGUGCCAGCGUGCACCUGGCCAGCGGCUGCAGGGACUAUCUACUGAGCGACCUGCAUGAGAACGUGCCCUACCGGAUCUGCCUACAGCCGGCGGUUUGGGACGGGCCCGGCGAGUGUGUGGAGUUCAGUGUGUCUCCCACGGGGAUGCAGGACAUCGUGAUCGCCAUGAUGACGGUGGGCGGAGCCAUCUGCGUGAUGCUCGUCAUCAUCUGCCUGCUGGUGGCCUACAUCACCGAGAACAUCAUGAGUCCCAACGUGCAGCACACACACACCACGCAGCAGCACUCUCGCCGUUCACACAACACAUACCUCUGAACACACACACACACAGCUGAGAGCAUGCUUUCUUCAGGAAUGAUGUCUUUUUAACCAAUCACUGCCCUCUGAUGUCAUCAGCUGUUCCACAGACAUUUAUUUUGGGAGUGUGCACUUCCUGGGUUAAAAUUCACCUCGUACUCCACAGGAAAUAAAAAUGCCUUCAUCGUGUCUCACACUGUUUUACUUCCAAAUCAAGGUUUUAUUUGCUUUCAGUCAGAAUUUUUCAGUCAGAAGAGUUGGUAUUAAAACAUGAUCCAAAGUUUUAAGAAAUGAGAUGCUUCGGCUUCGGGUACGAAUUGAUCAGAGCUACAGUGUAGUGUUGUGUUACUGGAGGCUGAGGCGCACACUGAUGACAUCAGAUGGCAGUAACAGAUUAAAUGAAAACAUUCCUCUUGACAUUCAUCUCUCUGAACCUACACAUACAUCCAAACACACUCACACACACACACACUCCUACUGAACUCUCAUAUCACACCCGCUCCUGCCGUGCCAAUCAACACAGCCGUAACAAGAGAGAAGAGAGGCCCUGGACAAGCCCUCAGCAGCCCACACACACACACACACACACACACUACUAUCUCUGUGAGCUUCUGGUGAAACCCACGGCAAAAAGAGUGUGGCAUCAUAUAAUGAGCACUGCUGCAUUUUGUGUUUCUUUUCAUCUUGAAGCAAAAAAAACAACAAAGCGAUCUCGCUGGAACCUCGGUUCUGUUUGGAUUCAUGUUGACAUAUCACAGCGAGUGUGUAUAAACACACAGAUCAGGUAGAAAAGCAAAUAAAAUCCAGACUUGAUUGUGCUCCCUUUCCUGUGACUGUGUGAACUGACGCUAACCACUGAACUGUGCGCAUUAGCAGAACUUCAUUAGCCAGGUAGCUGUAGGAACAUGUCACUACAAGAAAAGCUUUCAGUAUAAGAUUAUUGGUUAAAUAUAAGAUAAUCGAGUGAAAAUGAUCAUGUCAUUAUUGUCAUGGGCUUAAAGGAGACGCUUGUCUAAAAAUGCUAUCAUGGCUAAUGCAGCUAGCAUCUUUCUGCUACACCUGAUUGUAUUUUCAACAUAAACUUAGCAAGGGUGUUUUUUUUAUUAUUCCCAUGGAGAUAUGAAUAUUAGGAAAGUAAGCUGCAUGGUGAACUCUGAUGGGAAAAUGAUUGAAUGCUAACUGGAUCCCAUUAGCACUCAUUUAGCAUUAGCAUUUUAGGCAAAAUGUUCUUAUUGCUUUGAGAAUGAAAGAAGGCUGUUGUUCAAUCGUUUUUUUCUCCUCUGUGGGAGCGAUGCUGUUUUUAUUUCUGUAGGACUUUACAGUAAUAUGGUCGGCUAGCGUGCGCCAUCGCCGUGGCGGCUACAAUAAGAUUUUAUGCCUUACAAAGUUAAUAAUAUUCAGUUAUACUGAGGACAUGCAGACUGGUGAAGCAAUCUGAAUACUGUGCUAUUUUUUCUCUCUGUUAUAUAAAACCUCUUGUGUCAAUAAAAGA